CAAUAGCGGCAUGGAGAGCGUUAAUGUAGCACGUAGUGCAAGCGCUACGCCUCGCAUGGCGCCGCCGUGCACCGGCGGCCUCCAAAUUACCCUUCGGCGAGACGGCUACAGCAACCUGCUCAUGCACCGCAAGACGAAAGGGAGGAGGCAGCGGUACGUGUCAUGCAGGGCUACCGACGCCGGCGGCCGCGGUGUCGACCGCCGUGGCGUGCUCCUCGGCAUCGGCGGCGCGGCCGCCGGUAUGGUGGCCACGCAGGGUGGUGGUGGCGGCGGCGCUCUCGCGGCGCCCAUCCAGGCACCGGACCUCGGCGACUGCCACCAGCCCGUGGACCUCCCAGCCACGGCUCCGGAGACCAACUGCUGCCCGACGUACCGCGCCGGCACCGCCCCCGUCGACUUCGCGCCGCCGCCGGCAUCCUCGCCGCUCCGCGUGCGGCCGGCGGCGCAGCUGGCGGACAGGGAGUACCUGGCCAAGUACGAGAAGGCCGUGUCGCUCAUGAAGAAGCUCCCCGCCGACGACCCCCGGAGCUUCGAGCAGCAGUGGCGCGUCCACUGCGCCUACUGCGACGGCGCCUACGACCAGGUCGGCUUCCCGGGCCUGGAGAUCCAGGUCCACAGCUGUUGGCUCUUCUUCCCGUGGCACAGGAUGUACCUGUACUUCCACGAGAGGAUACUGGGCAAGCUCAUCGGCGACGAGACGUUCGCGCUGCCGUUCUGGAACUGGGACGCGCCGGCCGGCAUGUCGUUCCCGGCGAUCUACGCCAACGGUUCGUCGCCGCUGUACGACCCGCGGCGCAACCCGGCGCACCAGCCACCGUUCCCGCUCGACCUUGACUACAGUGGAACCGACCCGACGAUCCCGAAAGAUCAGCUGAUCGAUCAGAACCUCAAGAUCAUGUACCGCCAGAUGAUUUCGGGAGCUAGGAAGGCGGAGCUGUUCAUGGGGCAGCCAUACCGCGCCGGCGACCAGCCGGAACCGGGGGCGGGCUCCAUCGAAAGCGUGCCGCACAACACCGUCCACCGAUGGACCGGCGACCCGAGGCAGCCGAACGGCGAGGACAUGGGCAUCUUCUACUCGGCGGCGCGCGACCCGGUGUUCUUCGCGCACCACGGCAACGUCGACCGGAUGUGGUACAUCCGCCGCGGCCUCUUCCCCGGCAACACCGACUUCACCGACCCGGACUGGCUCGACGCCAGCUUCCUGUUCUACGACGAGGACGCCCGCCUCGUCCGCGUCCGCGUCCGCGACUCGCUCGACAUGGCCGCGCUGCGGUACACCUACCAGGACGUCGGCCUGCCGUGGCUGAAUGCCACGCCGUCCAAGGGAGGCGCAGGCGCGCCGGCGGCCGCGACCGGCGCGCUCCCGGGGACCCUGGACAAGACCGUGCGCGUGGCCGUGACGAGGCCCAAGACUUCGAGGAGCCGCAAGGAGAAGGACGCCGAGGAGGAGGUGCUUGUCAUCGAGGGGAUCGAGGUCCCCGACCACUCCACGUACGUCAAGUUCGACGUGUUCGUGAACGCGCCCGAGAGCGAGGACGACUGCGUGGCGGCGGCGGCGACGUGCGCCGGCAGCGUCGCGCUGACGCCGCACGGGGUCCACCACGAGGAGAGGAAGCGCUCGCCGAGGAAGACGGUGGCCAGGUUCGGCAUCUGCGACUUGCUGGACGACAUCGGCGCCGACGGCGACAAGACGAUCGUCGUGUCGAUCGUGCCGAGGUGCGGCUGCGACAACGUCACCGUCGCCGGCGUCAGCAUCGCCCUUGUUAAGUGAAGUACAGCGUGAACAUCUAUCAUCAAUAUGUAAACCCAGAUGGAUUUGUGUUUGAUGUGUGACUAAUGAUUAUAUACAAAUACAAAAUAAUGCGAGUAAUAAGACCAGCAUGCAUGUUAUUGACUAAAAUUUUUAAACUGUAAGUUUCUUUUUCAGUUUUUUUAAGCAUAGCCGAUUUUGCAUCAAUUUUGAUACGCCAGCACGACUGCACGAGA